CAGCUUGUCGUCCAGUCCCCGCCCGAACAGGUGGCUCGCCCCUCCCCUGGGCAGGUACGCGCUGCUGGGGCGCUGGCUAGAGUGGGCCGCUCUGCGCCCUCCUCCUGGGCUUAUAUGUGGCCCCACUUGGACGCCCAGGUAUGGAGCACGCUGCUCGACCUCAACUAUGGACUUGGACGAGUUACGCCUGCUGGACGCGCUCACCUACGUAGAGGGGCUCAUGGCCUUCGUGGCCUUCGCGGCGCUCACUUUGUUGGGCUCUCCCUACGGCCGCUACUCGUCGCACUAUCCCGGCCGCCAGGUGCCGGCGCGACCCGCCUGGUUCCUGCAGGAGCUGCCCUCGAUGGCUUGGCCGCUGUUUGAGUACGCUCGCCCUGCAGCCGCGCGCCUAGGCAGCCUGCCCAACCGGGUCCUACUGGCCAUGUUUCUGAUCCACUACGUGCAAAGGACUUUGGUUUUCCCGCUCCUGAUCCGAGGAGGGAAACCCACACCGAUGCUUUCCUUUGCUGCAGCAGUCCUGUUCUGUACCUACAAUGGCUACUUGCAGAGCAGAUACUUGAGCCAGUUUGCGGUGUAUGCCGAAGACUGGGUGGCCCAUCCCUGUUUCCUGACUGGUUUUGCCUUGUGGUUAACAGGCAUGGUGAUAAAUAUCCAUUCAGACCACAUCCUGAGGAAUCUGAGGAAACCUGGGGAAGUGGGAUACAAAAUCCCCAGGGGAGGCUUGUUUGAAUAUGUCUCUGCAGCCAACUACUUCGGGGAGAUCAUGGAGUGGUGCGGCUUUGCGCUGGCCAGCAGGUCCCUCCAGGCCGGAGUGUUUGCCCUGUUCACUUUCAGCGCACUAUUCACCAGGGCGAAGCAGCAUCACCAGUGGUACCAUGAGAAGUUUGAAGAUUACCCCAAAUCAAGAAAAAUGCUAAUUCCAUUUGUGCUUUAACUGCUGUCAGUGGCAUUGUCUUGGAAAAUUUCCUUCCUUAUGAGGCUCUCUAGGCACUUAUAAAUGAUAUGUUUCCCUUAAUUCUCUAGUAGCACCAUUGUUUCAGGAAGGCUGGUGGGGGGUUUAAUCCCCCGGUAAAGGAGUAAAUCAAUCAUAAACUAAGCCCACUGGGAUCGGUUGCCAGGUCAGGAGUGAAGAACACUGGGUCAUUGCAGCCAAAGUGUUUCUGGCUUUAAAUGUGCCUCUUUAGGGUUUGGCUUUGUUUGUGUGUUUGUUUUUAAAUUUUUUAUUUCAUUUUCAGUUUUUGCUUUUUUUUUCAAGGUAGAGUUUCAGUGUACAGCCCUGGCUGUCCUGGAACUAGCUCUGUAGACAAGGCUGGCCUUCAACUCACAGAGAUCCACCUGCCUCUGGUUCCUGAUUGCUGAGACCAAAGGUGUACACCACCACCCACUGUUUGUAAAUUUUGAGACAAGGUCUCAGUGUAGACCAGGCUGGCCCUGAACUCACGGGGUUAUAUGAGGCCUCCUCAAGUAAAGGUGUGUUGGCCUCCCACCUCUCCAAUGCUACCAAACCAGGCAGUGUCUCUGGGUUCUGUGUCACAAAAGUGUAAGAAACAACCAACCCUCCAAGGAAUGCAGGCAGGCCAGCAUCCUGCCUCCUCCGCAGAUGGGUGUUUUGCCUGCUCAGCCCUGGCCACAGAAGCCUGGUGGUGUGGGGGUGGUCACAGCCCAGGAGAGAUCACAGUCUGCUGUCCUUUGCUGCAGCUGCUGAACAGUGAACCCUUUGAUCCCAGAGGCUGGGAAAAGGCCUGCACACUGAGCUCUCCAGGUAAAGUGCUCCUGUCAACACGCUGUGUCCCAAAGAGAGUGGAAGUAUAGAGUGUAUUCACUCACUCACUGGCCCUACUUUUGCCUUUUGUUCCUCCUUUGGGCUAGUCAGAACUAGAAUUUUUUGUGUUUUUGUUUGUUUGUUUUUGUUUUGUUUUGUCUUGUUUUUCGAGACAGGGUUUCUCUGUGGCUUCGGAGCCUGUCCUGUCCUGGAACUUGCUCUUAUAGACCUAGCCUCCUGGUCUACUCCCAGAGACCACCUUCCCCUGCUUUAAUCCCUAAUGGGAGUAAAGGCAUGUGCCACCAGAACUAGAAUUCUUUAAGGCAUUUAAAAACACAUAUUGUUUUUUAUCAUUAUAAAACAAAAAUCUCAGAACAGAAUCUCUUAUUUUGAAUGCACCCAAAGACCAAUCAUUGCACAUCCCUGAAAUCCAAGCACUAGGAGGGCUGAAGUGAAAGGACAGAAAAUUCAGGGCUAGCCUGGGCUGUGUAGGAAGACCCUGUUUGGAAACAAACAAACAAAAAACCCAGUACCAAUUGGUAAUACUCCAAGGAGGCAGCUGCAGUGAUAAAAGACCCCCUCCCCAGGCCUCUAGCCAGGACACUGGCUCCUCUAUAGCUCUUUGUAGUCUGGGGACCAGUGGUGAAAAGCCGUCCCUACCAGACUGACCAGCACUGCCCCAAGGCAAUGUUCUCUCUACUGCCCAUUGUCCUCAGGGGAAGUGAUGGGACAGUGUGCUCUCUGACCCCACUAAAGAUGCUGCAGUGGACCUCCUGGUACACCUGACAGUGUGCAUAGUGCCCACCCCCACACCUUUCCUACACGUACCACCUAUUUUCCCUGUGUUCUUCCCAGCAGGGCUUCCUCAGCCCCUUGGCUCUCAUAGACAAGCUACUCUCUGUGCCUCUGGUUUGCAGAAUGACACAGAAAACUUCGUGGUGUGGCUGUUCCAUUUUAAUAAUAAAAAGCAAAACAAACAAACAAAAGCAAUGUUUAAAGGGGGAACCUUACCGUAAAUCUGCCACCUUUCCCUUUAUCUUCAAAACCCAAAGCACUAAACACUGUAGCUUUCCUCUCCAUACUUCAGAAGCGGGCCUGCCUGGUGUGUCCUGGAAGGUUUACAUGGAAGGAGGUACUUAGCGGAGAUCCUGGGAAUGUUUGCUGUGAACUUCAACCUCCGUUGAAGAAGGGCAUGAUGCCAGAAUGGAAUACAGGACUCUGGGUUGCCAGACAGAUGCCCUGUCACUGAGCCACACGUUAGCCCUGUGGUGCAUCUUUGUUCAUGAAGGGCCAGGUUGCCCAUGGGCUUGGUGCUUGUUUCCCCCACCCGCCAAGUGCGAGAUCAAUUUAGACGGAAUCCUGUCCUAACAUCACACUCUCCUUCAUUACUUAAAACUCUUAUGUAAACGGUGAUUCUGUGAUUAUUAAGGAAGUUAAUAAAACUACAGUUCUAAGUCCA